UUUUUUCCAUUAAUUCUAUAACUCUCUAAAUUCGGAGUUUUAUACCGUCUCAGUGAACGCAGCGUAGGCGGGUCUAAUUGGGAUUGUUUUGGGGUUGUUCUCUUUUCAUCAGAAGUUUGUUGAGUUUGACUCGAGUGCGGAGAGGUGGAGAUCGAACCGUCGUACCCGCUGCGCUCUUAUCGAUCAACUGCGGUGGAUCGAUCAGAGCCGAUCGGAGCGGAUCGAUGGAUUAGUGGAGCGGCUGCUGCAGAGGUAUGGAGGGUGUGUGUGUGUGGCUGGUGUGUGUGUGCCUGCAGAGUGUGUGUGUCGGGGCUCAGAGCGGACUGGACAGAAGUGACCACGCCCACCCGGACCCUCAGCAGGUGGUAUCCCACAAUAACCCAGACUCAGAUCUGUGUGCGAUAGACCAGCAGCUCUGUCACGAUGAAGGCUCCAUCCUCAGCUUCGAAGCGAUCCGCGGCAUCCACAAACUGAUGGACGACGACGCCGACGGCACGGUGGACACGACGGAGACAGACGAGUUUCUCAGGGAGGAUCUGAAAUACCACGACCCCAAAGCUAAACACAGCACCUUCCAUCGAGCAGACCUGCACAUCAGCGUGGAGGACUUGUGGAACGCCUGGAGGAGCUCUGAAGUCUUCAACUGGACCGUGCAGCAGGUGGAGGACUGGCUGGGGAUCUGCGUGGAGCUUCCCCAGUACGCCGAGAACUUCAGGAAGUUCCAGCUGGACGGCAAAGCUCUGCCCAGACUGGCGGUGAAGAACGCCACCCUGAUCGUAUCGCUGCUGAAGAUUCUGGACAGAGGUCACGCUCAGAAACUGCAGCUCAAAGCCCUCGACAUCAUCCUGUUUGGACCACCGCCAGGCCGGCAGAACCGAUGGAAGGACCUGGUUCUGUGCUUGUCCAUCCUGAUGGCGCUGGGGGGCUGCUGGUUCGCCUACGUUCAGACCAGGAAGUCCAGAGACGACCUGGGGAAGCUGGUGAAGGACCUGGAAGGUCUGCAACGGGCUGAAGAGAGUCUGAUGGACCUGCAGGAAAAACUGCAGCAGGCUCAGGAGGAGCAGCGCUGCGUUCAGGUGGAGAAGGUCAGGGUGGAGGAGGAGCUGCGGAACGAGAUCAGUUCGUCCAAACAAGAAGCUCAGCGGCUCCGCGAAUUGCGAGAGGGAACCGAGAACGAGCGAAGCCGGCAGAAAUAUGCCGAGCAGGAGCUGGAGCAGGUCCGAAUGGUGCUGAAGAGGGCGGAGAGGGAGUUGGAGUCGCGGGCUCGCUGGACGCUACCAGAGGCACUGCAGACGUGGCUGCAGUUGACCCAUGAAAUCGAGGUCCAGUACUACAACGGGAAGAAGCAGAGUGCUGAGAGGCAGCUGCUGCAAGCCAGAGAGGGGGCGGAGAAGAUCAAGAAGAAGAGAAGUUCUCUAUUCGGAACCUUCCACGUGGCUCACAGCUCCUCACUGGACGACGUCGACCACAAGAUCCUCUCUGCAAAACAGGCCCUGGCCGAGGUGACGGCGGCUCUGCGGGAGAAGCUCCACCGCUGGCAUCAGAUUGAGUCACUGACGGGCUUCGGUCUGGUCAACAAUCCGGGUCUGGGGGCGUUGGCCACUGCCCUCAACCUGGACCCGUCCUUCCUGGGCCUGAGGCCCCCAACGCCGCAGCACCUCCUGUUGUCAGAUGACCUGGACGACAUGGACGAGGACAUCCUGUCGCCGGGGACGCUGCAGUAUGCAGCGUGGCAGAUGGAUCGCCGAGUGAGUGACCUCUGGCCCAUGAGUAGCAUGGCGGACACCCAGUCACCAUGGAAACAAUCAGCUCAGAGUCUGACACCUCUACGACACAGGACAGGAGAUCCCACGCUGAUGUCCAGCUCUCAGAGGGAUAUCAUCAACCGUUCGGACUCUGACUCCGCCCUCCCGCUGUCACAUGGUGAAUCACCAGGUUUGUGCAGCUCCAGGCCACACCUCCUGGCAUCCAAGCCCCACCCCCUGCAGAGCUCAGGCUUCAGAUUCAGAGAAGGAGGAGGUCUGGAGAAAAGCUCCAGCCUCGGGGAGCUGAGAGGAAGCUCCGCCUCUGGCCUGGCCUCCUCCUGCUCCACCCGCUCCCUCUGCAUCACGUCAGACGCCAUCAACGGCCCGCUCGUCUUCUCCUCGUCGGCCUCGUCCAGCUCUUCCGGCAGCGGCCGGGGAGCCGGUGUCAGGCCGACGGCCAGGAAGAGCCCAGCGGAGGAUGAGGGAGGGGAGGAGCCGUCCAGCAGCCGCAGGAGAAACGCCUUCAACAAGUUCUUCAGGAAAAAGCAGCACUGAGGAGCAUGAGGAAUAACCAACGAAGAAGAAUAACAAUAGAUGUGAGCAGAAGAAACUGGAUGGAUGGACUGAAAUACACAGCUGUUUCGGAGUUAAAACAGGACGACAGAAGCCACAAAGAAGAACAAUCAGAGCAGGACGAGGAGGAAUAAUGCAGAAACACAUGGGAACAUUUAACCAUUAAAGUCUCAUUAAACCUUUAUUGUCACUGAUUUUUUCAUUUAAUUCUGUACAAAUGUUUUAUCGUUUCUCUUAAGUAGUUUUUUUCCCCAGACAUUGAACUUAAUUUGCAAAAGUUAUUAUUCCGUCUCGUCCAGAAACCCCUCAUGACCCCUCCACCGCCAUGCUUGACUGAUUACUCUAAACACACAUGUACUAAGUUUACACUGUGAAUAUAUCCUUUUAUUUUGCUGGCUCUUCCUGUUUUUUCAGGUCUUCAUCCACACCUGUCACCCAGAAAUCACCUGUUCACUUGAUCAGCAGGUAUUUAAGGUGGAAUGCAAGCGUCAGCUGCUGUGUCUCUUUACAUUUUUUAAGUUUUUUAUGACUGCAAAAGACAAAUAUUCCUCAAGCCAGUUCAGAUAUUUGAUGUUGGCACUUCUGAUGCACCAGAAACAACCCAGGAAAGGAGAAAAUGAAAGGAUUAAUGUGAACAUAGUGUAAAUAUGAAAUUAUAUAAAGGAGUAACUACAAACAAACUUGAUAUUUUCAUGUUUUCUUUCACAUCAGUAUUUAUACCUUUUGAGACGUUGAAUACUUAAUCUCUGCUUCAGCCUGUCUGCAUGAUGGGAACUCAGCGCGUUUCCUGCCUACACACGCAUAAAGACAACUGUGAAAACCACUCUGGGACAUCACCGAUAGGUUUCUGAACAGUGGUUUUGAAGCACUGGUGAAUCUGAAACCGACAAACAAGUGAAGCCAACAAACCUGGCAGUUAGUCAGAAUCAUUUCAAAUUUGUAUUUCUGAUUUGCAAAACAGGCACACCUGCAAAAGUUUUAUAAAACUUGAAUACUAAAAUCUUUAAAAAUGGAGAAUAUAGAUUUAAUAGAAAAGUUCUGAGAUUCUUUAUUUCAGUUCUUCACAGUCAAGUACUUGUGUUCUUAUUGAACAGCCGGGGGUAGUCGAGCCCCUUCUAAGGGGAGGGGACAGAGAGAGGAAACUCCUCCAACAAGAGGCCUAUUGGAUACAUAAUUUACAGACGGAACAUCCAAAAGGUAUGAAUGAGGAAUGUGUGUUGUCGUGCUUUCUGUAGAUGGUGAUUGUACAGUCACAUAUCUAUUCCCGAUGCCACUAUGGAUCUAUGCACAUUAUCUUGUAUUUUUUUGUUGAUUCUUGGGUUUGUGUGGCUUACUUAAAUAUCUUUCUAGUUGUAUCAAUUUAUUAUUUUUCUUUGAUGUACUCAUAUUUUCUAUUUUCUCUAUUGUAUUUAAAUAUUUUCAUGGCUCUUCCAUGAUUGAUGUAUGGUUUUUAUUCCGAUUGGUUUAGUGUUGAUCAGAGUCAGCUGGCUUCUGUUAAAUGGGAGACACCCAUUUAAUCAUUCAUCGCUGAGGACGACUGUAAGC